AACGAGCCGUUAUCACAAUAAACGAAGAUUCUCAUUGUCGGUGCUAAAAUGUUGAAGUUUUUCAUCACAUUGGCUUGUUUGAGCCAGGUGUUCGCACAAGACUGUAAUUUGUGCCCAGUAGGAGUUUGUGUAGUAGAUAGCAGAUGUCCAUUGAAUGAUAACCCAGGCGAUCCCACAAAAUUGAAGCAUCAAGAUUGCAACAAAUUCUACAAAUGUGAUGCUGGCAGAGCUUGUGAAAUGACUUGUCCAGCUGGUCUGCAUUUCAGUGUUACUCACAAUAGAUGUGAAUGGCCACAUGUGGCGUGUUGUGAUCCCACCGUACCAUGCAACCCAUGCGGUGACUGCGGUCCUGCUCCAACUCCGGCUCCCACGCCAGCACCUACACCUGCUCCUACGCCUGCACCGACACCUGCGCCGACGCCUGCCCCUACACCAGCUCCUACUCCACAACCGAAUGACCCUUGCAUCCCAUGCGCCACAAAUUGUGUCCCCGAUGCGCGGUGCCCAGUCAACGAAAACCCCAUGGAUCCAACGCAUCUACCACAUGAAAGCGACUGUGGAAAGUUCUACAAGUGCAGCAACGGACAACGAUGCCUGAUACAGUGCCCGCCAAAUGAACAUUUCAGUAUGGCAUUGAAGAGAUGCGAAUUCCCAGAGUAUGCCUGCUGCGAUCCAACGAUACAGUGUCUGCCUUUCCCUCCAGCGGACCCGUGCUGGCCGAAUCCCUGCCCUCCACCCGCUCAGUGCACUCCUGAUGCAGGCUGUCCGAUCACUGACAACCCCAUGAACCCAAUCCAUCUUCCAAAUAGGGCAGAUUGUAAUUCGUUUUUCAAAUGUUUGCAAGGAAACGCCUGCCUGAUCCCGUGCCCUGCUGGCCAACAUUGGAGCGUGGACUUCAAUAGGUGCGAGCACCCAGAUGUAGCCUGCUGCGAUCCUAGAGUGAAUUGCUGUGCCGUAUGCCGCCAAAGCAGGGGACAACAGUUGACCAGAAUAUUCGGCGUGAAAAUGUACAAUGUAGAGUUAUAAUAAUUCUGAGUUGCGUACCAACAAACGAUGACUGUUUCGUUUUACUUGAUAAAGAAGCAAAAUCUAACCGGAAUAAUAUAAAAUUAUACGGUGUAGUUCUAGAUAAGUCUGAAUAAAG